UCCUCGCAUUGUAUUUCAGAAUCAGACUGACUGCAUUGCCGACAGCCAUACAUAAUUGGUGAACAUUGGCGUAUGAUCUUUUAGUUAUAUUGAAUUAGAACAUUCUGCUUUACAAACGGUCUGAGAGGGAAAACCCGGUAUAUGUCAAUUUCUUCAUGUCAUCGUCUAAUUGAACAGGAGAAAAAAUGAGUGAACAGAGUAUCUGCCAAGCCCGCGCCUCAGUCAUGGUGUAUGACGACACCAGUAAGAAGUGGGUUCCAAUCAAGCCGGGCCAGCAGGGCUUCAGCCGCAUCAACAUCUACCACAACACAGCCAACAACACCUUUCGCGUGGUCGGGGUCAAGCUACAGGACCAACAGGUAGAGGUGGUGAUCAACUACUCCAUAGUGAAGGGGCUGAAGUAUAACCAGGCCACGCCCACCUUUCACCAGUGGCGCGAUGCCAGGCAGGUUUACGGCCUCAACUUCGCCAGCAAAGAGGAGGCCACCACCUUCUCCACCGCCAUGAUGUUCGCCCUCAACACGCUCAGCUCGCAAGAUGGAGGCCCUGCUGUCCAACGCCAAAAUGGGCCCUCCUCAGAGGACCCCGAUGUACCGAGGAGGCAAAUGAUGGAGCCGCAUCAGAUGCAGGGAGUGGUCCACAAAGAGAGGGAGCGACGCACGUCUGGCUCAGUUGUUUCCACCCUCCAAUAUAAGGUGUCCUCCCCUCCCUCCUCCAACACCCCUCUUGAGUAUAGACACUAUCGGGCCGCCACACUGCCGCCCUCCUAUGCCCGAGUGGCCUCCAACUCCUCCCCUUCCUCCUCUUCCUCUUCCUCCUCCCAGGAGAGAGAGGUGGCGGGUGGACGGGCUGGCGACAACUCUCCCCAUCUCUCCCAGCUCUCCACCUCCCUGGUCUCGGCCUUCUCCCCCGUGCAGCCAGGGGUGCCCACGGCCCUGACCCGGCAGGUGCGCCAGAUCCCCCUCUCUCCCCCCACGGUGCGGGCUCUCCACCACACCAAGUCCCUCCACCAGGGUGACCCCCAGCAGGACCCUGUGCUGCUCCCCAAACACGGCACCUGGUCCACCUCCCACACCCACAUAUACGGCCCCGUGCACAUGCCCCCCGUGCCCCAGCCUGUCCUCCCAGUGGCCCUCCCUCUGCCGCCCCGCCACAGCCGGGUCAAGCCCCACCCCCUGGACCAGGCCGGCCAACCCCAUAUCCCGCCCCACCUCCCCCAUGCCAAUGGCCAAUCAGAGGACUAUUAUAACCUCGCUCAGCAGCAACAGCAGCAGCUAGGUUACUGCGAGGCUACCUCCUUGCCCCCUCUGAUUGGUCAGUCUGCGCAGGGCCCCGUCCCCGUCUCCUCCAACCAACCCCAGUACCCCUCCUCAUUCCACCCCCAGCCACAGAUGUCCCAGGCCACGCCCCCACCACCACCAGCAACCCAGCAAUUCUCUCCCCCCUCAUAUACCCCAGCCCCAUCAGAGUGGGGUUCACCCAACCAGACACCCUCUCCCGUCUCUCAGGCUGCCACGGCAACCUGCAGUCCGGUUUCUCUCCCCGCCGUGCUCGCUGUGGCCCCACCAGUGGCUCCCCCUGCCCCUAUGGCACCUAUGGCCCCCCCUCCUCCACCGGGCCCCCCGCCUCCGGCCACAGUGCCACCGCCCAUGCCCCCCCCACUACCGGUUGGUGGAGGGCACGGAGGGCCUCAUUUAGAGGGGGCAGGGAAUGAGCUGGCACAGCCACUCUCAGGUCUGGCUGCUGCCCUGGCUGGAGCCAAACUCCGCAAAGUUGCAAGGGAUGAGAACAGUCCACCAGGAACAAGUGUAGCCAAGAACGAUGGCAACCGCUCCAGUGGAGGGGAGGGGCUAAUGCAGGAAAUGAACGCCCUUCUAGCACGCAGACGGAAAGCCUCAGAGAAACCUGAAGAGGAGGAUCCCAAGCUAGGGCAGAACUCCACAGAUGCGGGGAAGAAUCCAUGGGACCGAGCCAACUCUGUAGACAAGGCCUCACUGGUAUCAAGGGUGCGACCCGUGGGCAGCACUAGUGAGGGAGACCUAGACUUCGACAGGAUGAAGCAGGAAAUCUUGGAUGAAGUUGUACGUGAAUUGCAGAAGGUGAAAGAUGAGAUCAUUAAUGCCAUUAGACAAGAAAUUGGUCGAAUCCAUACAUGUUAAUCUGUGGACAACAGGAUGUGCUGGAGUAUGAAGGAUUAGAAGGUGUGCUGGAAAGGAAUGUUCUCAACAUUUCUGUGACGCUGCAGAAAGGUUGUGCCAACAUUGAGUCUGCUGUGCAGAACAGAAAGGUGAAGAAGAAGAAGAAGAAAAAGUUGGAGAAAGAAAGUGAAUGAGAGAGAAAAGAAUGGUUAAAUGAACAAAGGAUGGAUGGAUAGACGCUUGCACCUUUUUCAUUUCCCCCCCCCUCUCAGUCUGUUCUAAGUCUUACAAUAGAAAAUAUUUUGCUUUUCUAACUUUUUACUGAGUUUUAUUAUUAUUGUUUUUUUAAACUGUGAUUAUUUUAUUAUUCAUACCAUCAUAAAUAGAGAGAGAGAGAGAGACAAAAGACAAAACUGUUGUUCUUCAUUGGCGGGUUCUAGAGGAAACUUGCACCCCAAUUACAUCAGCCUUUUAUAUUUUAUAUGAUUUACUUUAUCCUUGGGUGUUUGACCAGCACGUAUGGCACAUACUAUGCUUUAGUCACCUGACCUCAGUUUUUAAAAAGCUUUUUAUCUAUUUACCAGUAACAGGGCAGUGUUCAUUGGGCCCCAAAUGGAAGAAAACUGACAAACGGGGAGGGAGUACCGUUCUCCAUUGUAAAAAGUUUUUAAAAAUAUGCUCCAUUUUGUGCCCUAAUAAACACAACCCCGGUGUAUAAAAAUCACUGUAAUUUUGGGAUCAUUCAAAAAAACGUACCAACAACUGUAAAUUCACCAUCUACGUAUUCCCAAAAUAGAUCAAAUGAUCCCUAGGCUGCCCCUACGAAACCCAUACAGUAGUCUAUAUCAGAGGUGUCAAACGCUAGUCUUCAACAAGGUCCAGAGGGCCGCAAUGAAAAUUAGUUACAUUUCCUUGCUGUCAAAAUCCCCCCCCCCCCCCAUUAUCAUUUAUACACAGUUUUGACUUGGUUUUAUUUGGUCAUUUUUGUAUAUUGAGUCCCCCCCCACUUAAAAAAAAAAAAAUAUGCAAAAAAAAUAUUUUUUGUUUUUACUCAAACCACCCCUCACGGGCCGGAACCCCUCACCCCUCACGAGCAGGAACCCCUCACCCCUCACGAGCAGGAACCCCUCACGGGAUUGGAACCCCUCACCCCUCACGGGAUUGGAACCCCUCACGGGCCGGAACCCCUCUCCCCUCACGGGACGUAUGUUUGACACCCCUGGUCUAUAUGGUUUAGUCCGGUGUAUUAACCAUGCAUUUUGUUUUUAAAUUGGGUUUUCAAAAUGGUGGUACAUUUACAAUGGUGGUUUGUUUUUUUGUGAAUAUCCUCCUUGCUAUUUAAAGUAACUGUCCAGUUUUCAAUGAAACAUGACCUAUAAUUACAAUAUGAAUGAAAUACUUAAAUGACAGCUUUUCUGUGUUGGAAUGGUGUGGGCGUAUCUUAACAGAAUGGUGUGGGUGUAUGCCGAUCAUUAAAAAGAUUCACGCGAAUAAACCGCUGAUUGGCCAGCUCAGCCAAUGAGGCAGGAUGACAUCAUUCUCUAUGAGGAAAUAGCAUUUUUUUUAUUCGAUCUGUUUGAGAUACAAGUUUGACGUGGGGUUUUUUUUUCUCCAAUUUAUGCUUUGGCCACAUACGAGUGUAGGAUGAGUCAUCAGCAUUAUUUGGAUAUGAUUUAACAGAAUAUUAACUUAAAAGUGAGACUUUCACUGGACAGUUACUUUAAGGUUGAACUUGAAUUUGAUGUGAAAAUGGAGCCAGUUGCAAAAUAAAUUAAAAGUAUACAUAAAUCAA